UGCUUUCUUUUAUACUUCUGAAUAGAGGAACCUGUUGUGGAAACUGCAGAAGAAGCCACAGAACCAGCAGAAGCUGAUAUUAAUGAACUUUGUAAGGAGAUGUUCAACAAAAUGGCUAUUUACUUAACAGGUGAACUGACUGCAACUAGUGAAGAUUACAAACUCCUGGAAAACAUGAACAAACUAACUAGCUUGAAGUACCUGGAAAUGAAAGACAUUGCUAUAAACAUAAGUCGGAAUUUGAAAGACUUAAACCAGAAAUAUGCUGCACUUCAACCAUAUCUGGAACAAAUCAAUCAGAUUGAAGAGCAAGUUGCAGCUUUGGAACAGGCUGCCUACAAGCUGGAUGCAUAUUCUAAGAAACUUGAAGCAAAGUACAAAAAACUGGAGAAGCGAUGAAAGAAGGGCCUUAGAUACUGAAACUGCUUCUAGAAUACAUGACUUUUGCAAGAAGCCAGAUCAAAGAUUUCUGAUGCUGAACUUCUGAAAAAAAAUUAUGUCUCAGCAAUGCAUUUGGACUAGAAUGCCCUAAGAACUUUCAAAAGUAGCAGUGGCUAUACAUCUCUAAGAAUAAACUACUUCUUUUAUUGUAGAAUCUAUUCCCUUUUUACUAUUUUUGAUACUCAUUUUACAGAGAAUAUAGAGGCCACUCUUAACCAC